AUGACCGAAAUAGAUAUUGAAAGGAUUAUGUCAUCACAUUACUUUAUACCACACCAUUGUGUGCUUAAACCCGACAGUACUACCACUAAGUUACGUGUGGUAUUUGAUGCAUCAUCCAAAACAACAUCAGGGCAAUCUCUCAAUGAUUUACUACACAUCGGACCAACUGUUCAAAGUGAAUUACUAUCUAUUUUAUUACGAUUCCGUCUUCCUCGUUAUGUGUUUACAACAGACGUUGAAAAGAUGUACCGACAAAUACUUGUACACCCAGAAGACAGACAAUGUCAGCUUAUCGUUUGGAGAAAUGAACCAAGUCAUCCGAUAAAGUACUUUGAACUCAACACAGUAACAUAUGGUACUAGAUCAGCACCGUAUCUAGCAACCAAAUGUUUGCAAGCUUUAGCUGAUGACAAUAUGCAAAAUUAUCCAUUAGGUGCAUCUGCUCUCAAACAAAACUUCUAUGUAGAUGACUGUUUACACGGGGCAGAUAGUCUGAGAACAUUGUUGGAAACUCAGAGUCAAUUAAACAAAAUACUGACAGCAAGCGGUUUUAAAUUGCGAAAAUGGUGCGCAAAUCAUCCAAGUUUACUACAAGGAAUUCCACACGAUGACCUAGAAGUCAAUUUAGAUUUAGAAAAUAAUAACGAUACAACAAAAACUCUUGGAUUAUCCUGGUGUCCAAAAUCUGAUAGUUUAUGCGUCAAGGUUAAAUUGGAACCUGUUUGCAGCACGACGAAGCGCAGUGCAACCUCAGAUUUAGCAAGGCUAUUUGAUCCACUAGGACUUUUGUCACCAGUUGUGGUGAUGGCAAAGAUCUUUAUUCAAGAAUUAUGGAAUUUAAAGAUGGAUUGGGAUGAAAAACUGCCGACUGAAUUACAUAAACAGUGGUUAGAGUUCCGGAACAAUUUGACAAAAGUAAAUUGUCUGCAGAUAUCUCGUCAUAUUUUCAAAGGCGAAGUUCCUGCCAACAUUCAAUUACACAUCUUUACAGAUGCAUCAGAAAAGGCAUAUGGUGCUGCAGCGUAUUUGCGAUCAACACUUCAGAAUGGUCAAAUUAUUGUACGACUAUUGUGCGCCAAAUCUCGGGUUGCACCUUUGAAAAGGUUGACAUUACCUCGUCUCGAACUUUGUGCAGCUGUGGUUAGUGCAGAACUAGCAACAAGAAUAAAGAACGAUCUACAAAUAAGAAAUUACCAGACGUUCUUUUGGUGUGAUUCACAAAUAGUGAUAUCAUGGAUCAACUCUCCAUCAUCAAAGUUUCACACUUUCGUUGCAAACAGAGUAAGCAACAUUCAUCAAUUAACAGCCACAAGUCAGUGGCGCCACGUCAGUUCGGAACACAAUCCAGCUGACAUUUUAUCAAGAGGCCUUGCACCCCAUAAACUACAGUCAUCAAGUAUGUGGUUUUAUGGACCUAUGUUCCUGCAUGGUCGGGAAGAACUAUGGCCUUCAAAACCAUCAUCAGCGUUAAAAUCUGAAACCCUCAUUGAUCCUGAACGGAAGAAGGAAACUCAAGUAUCUACAUUGUCUGUUGUUGAAGGCACAGCCAAUCCUGGAGAGUUCAUAUACUCAAUACGACACAACAACUCAUUUGGAAGACUUCAACGGAUAUUAUCGUAUAUAUUAAGAUUCGUAAAAAGAACCAGAAGAAAACAAAAUGAUCAUUCAAGCAAUUUUUUGACUCCAGAUGAUCUAGAUGCAGCACAUCAGGUCAUCAUCAAAAGUAUUCAAUAUGCAGAAUUUAAAAAUGAAAUCAAAAUUAUGAAAUCUGAUGGAAGAAUAAAUAAGUCCAGUGCAUUGGUAUCACUGGCACAUUUUAUUGAUAAUACGGGUAUCAUAAGAGUUGGUGGACGUUUGGAUGCAGCCUCAUUAUCGUAUGAUGCCAAAUAUCCUAUGUUGUUGCCUUAUAACGACCCCAUUGUCAAAUUAGUAAUGGAACAAAUCCAUAAGAAAUACAUGCACUGUGGUCCGCAGUCUCUCCUAGCUAACAUGCGUCAACGAUACUGGCCAAUUAAGGGCAAAUUGAUGGUAAGGUCAGUAGUACAACAUUGUGUACGUUGUACUAAAGUAAGAUCACGAUUUUAA